CGGAGCCCAAGGCAGUUACAGCCGCUUGCGUUUCGGAAGAUCGCAUCAUUUGGUGGACGGACGAUGGCCGACGGCGCGUGGAAGAGCAUCCGCUUCGACGAGCUCCAUGUGGGUGAGAAGAUCGGCGGUGGCGGCGUGGGCAUCGUCUACAGUGGCACGUACCGCGAGAAGCCCGUCGCGCUCAAGACGCUGUUUGAUCCGCGCGUCGACCAAGCGCUCAAGGACGAGUACAUGGACGAGCUGCUCGUCAUGAGCAAGCUGCAGCACCCGCACAUUGUGCACUUUAUCGGCGCGUGCAUGGAAGCGCCCAACUUGUGUUUCGUCAUGGAGCUCUGCAACAUGUCGCUCUUCGACCGCCUUCACCGCACGAACCUCGCGCUGAGCGUGACCGAGCUCGUCGAGAUGGCGACGGGCGUCGCCGACGCCAUGAUGUAUCUCCAUGCGCAGUCGCCGGCCAUCAUUCAUCGCGACCUCAAGAGCCAGAACGUGCUCCUGGACAUGCACGGCGUAGUCAAGCUCUGCGACUUCGGCCUCGUGUGCACCAAGGAGACGACGGCGGGGACACCAGCGUACAUGCCGCCCGAGCUGCUCGCGGGGCGUCCGUUCUCCAAGGCUGUCGACGUGUACAUGUAUGGCGUCCUGCUCUGGGAGCUCUUUGCUCGGGACGUGCCGUUUCGCGGCUACGACGUCGACGACAUCCAGCGCAAGGUGCUCGCGGGCGACCGGCCUCAGAUCCCGACGCUCGACUGCCCUCAAAAGUGCAAGGAACUCAUUCGCAUGUGCUGGGACCACGACCCGGCGCGCCGCCCGUCCUUCAAGACGAUCCAUGCGACGCUACGCGAGAUCGACUGCGCGGCCGAGUUCCAUCGCGCGAUGGACCACGUCAUGGAGGAAGACGCGCUCGACUGUCUCGUCAAGAAGCGGAAAUAGCGCGCUUCAGCGUCGACCGACCUUCCAACUUCUUCACUGCUGCAAUACGAAGAAGCUUCAUACAUUGAC